GCUCUGAGCAGACUCUCGGCCUCUCCGCUCCUCCGCCCUACCUGUGCUGGCACCAUGAGCUACUCUCGUUCCACCACCAUCCACUCCAGCACUUCCAGGCCCGUGACCACCGCCACCACCCACAGUGUCAUGUCCUCCAAGAGGUAUGCCCCUAUGGCCAGCGCCGCCAGCGUCUAUGCCGGAGCCGGCGGCUCUGGCUCUAGGAUCUCGGUCUCCAGGUCUUCCAACCUGGGCUCCAGCUACGGAGGGGGCAUGGGCUCCAGCUACGGAGGUGGCAUGGGAGGGGGCUACAGCAGCAGCUUCGCCUUCUCUGGCUCCGGGGUGGUCCAGAAUGAGAAGGAGACCAUGCAGGACCUGAACGACCGCCUGGCCAGCUACCUGGAGAAGGUGCGCAGCCUGGAGGCCGAUAACCGCAAACUGGAGAUCCAGAUCCGAGAGUACAUGGAGAAGAAAGGGCCCAGCACCCGGGACUGGAGCCGCUACUUUGACAUCAUCGAAGACCUCAAGAAUCAGAUCUUUGACAACACGGUGGACAACGCUCGCAUCGUCCUGCAGAUCGACAAUGCUCGUUUGGCUGCCGAUGACUUCCGUGUCAAGUACGAGGCUGAACUGGCUAUCCGUCAGUCCGUGGAAAAUGACAUCCAUGGCCUCCGCAAGGUCAUUGAUGAUACCAACAUGAGCCGUCUGCAGCUGGAGAGUGAGAUCGAAUCCCUCAAGGAGGAGCUGGUCUUUAUGAAGAAGAACCACCAGGAUGAGGUCAACAACUUGCAGGCUCAGAUCGCCAGCUCUGGUCUGACGGUGGAAGUGGACGCUCCCAAGACGCAGGAUCUGUCCAAGAUAAUGACAGAGAUCCGGGCACAGUAUGAUGUUCUGGCUCAGAAGAACCUGGAGGAUUUGGACAAGUACUGGGGCCAGCAGAUCUCCGAAAGCACCGUCGUCAUCACCCAGAAUACCAAGGAGAUUGAAAGCGCUCGUAGCACCAUCACCGACUUGCGUCGUACCGUCCAGACGCUGGAGAUUGAACUGGAUUCGCUGCGCAACCUGAGAGCUGGUCUGGAGGCUAACCUGCACGAAGUGGAAGCUCGCUAUGGCAUGCAGAUGGAGCAUCUCAACGGGAUGUUGCUGCGGGUAGAAGCAGAGCUGACGCAGGUGCGGAACGACGUACACCGCCAGGCCGAGGAGUAUCAGCUGAACAUCAAGGACAAACUGGAGGCUGAGAUCGCUACAUACAGACACCUGCUGGAAGGCGGAGAGGAGCUGAGCCUGAAAGACGCCUUGUUGGAAAGCACCAUGCAAACCACCCAGAAAAUCCGUACCACCACACUCGUCGAUGGCAAAGUGGUAUCCGAAUCAUCCGAAAGCAAAGUGUUGAAGCGUUGACAGCCCUCCCAUCCCCAGCCGCGCGUGGCAGAAAAUGCCUCCCUGUGCAACAGAAGUGACCUUUGUCCCCAAAUUGGAGGUUCCUUGAGAAGGGACCGGGGAGGCUCUCUGAUCUUUAUGA